UUGCAGGGUAAACUUUUUGACUCUACAAUAACUGAUGAAGGAACAUGGACGUUAGAAGACAGGAAGCUGAUACGAAUUGUUCUAAUGAAGACAAAUCGAGAUGCUGGAAAUUGUUGGACGUCUCUGUUAGAAAAUGAAUACGCUGCUGAUCCUUGGGUACAGGACCAGAUGCAAAGGAAACUUACACUGGAGCGAUUCCAAAGAGAGAACCCUGGAUUUGACUUCAGCGGGGCAGAAAUUUCUGGAAAUUACAGUAAAGGAGGACCAGACUUUUCUAGUCUUGAAAAGUAAACUGUUUUUUAUCUGUGUUCCUUGAGAGGAAUUACACAUUACACUUACAGAUUGGAAUAAUGUAACUGGUGAAGACUUCAGUGACCUCUUCAGCAGAUUGUUGUCAAGUAAUUACUUCAGUGAAGAGAAAGAAGAUGUCUUCCAGUAGAAUGAAGACAAAGUGUUACCAGCUGAUUUAUAAGCUGUGAUAACUUUCCAAUACUAAGGGACAAACUAUAGAGAAAGGUGUACACUAAAAAGUAACACCUUUAAGCGGAAUGUUGCUUUUGGUGUUUUGUUUGGGAUUUUGUUUUUCAGAAACACCAUAGUAAACCAGUCAGUUAUAAAUCUACCACUUGUCUUUAUGCAAGAAUAUCUUAUUCACCUUUGAAGAAUAAAUCUUAUAAGCAAGAUAUUUAAUGUUUUUUCUUAACUUGCAACAGGAAGGGUAUUAGGAUGGCUACAGUUACACUUUCCCUCUGUAGCAGCCCUCUGAGAACUCAUAAAUGUCUCUCUAAAACAGUGUUUUAAAUAAAGAAACCACUGCACCCUGCCUCAAAUAAGGUUUUACAAUCCACUGUGCUGUCAAAUAUAGCACUAAUGAUUAAUACUUGCUACCAGGUAAGCGAUACUAGAAAACUGAAAGGUCAGGUGAAAGUCUGGAUAUAAAUAAUUUUAUGUGUUAAUGUAACAUAGCCUUUCAGUAUAAAUAUUUAAGAUUUUGAAAGUAAGAGAAUAUAAUGGCUUUUGAAAGGAAUGUGAAGUCCCUAAGUAGGAAAUGGUAUCUUGCAUCUAUUCAUUACCAACAUACAGCACAAGUUGUUGAUAAUCUAUCUAAGAAGCUCUAGAUUUUUGUAGAUAGCUUUAAAUUUAAUAGCCACAUUUUAAACUCAGCUAUUGCAUGAUGUAAUAUUUUGCAUGUGUCAAAUAUUUAUCAGGAAUUUUCUACUCAUUGUUAAGGAUGCAGCUGAGAAGCACUCCAACCACAGCAUUAUACAGGAUGAGUGCUGUGUCAAACAGACUAACAGAGGAAGAAAACGAUUGCCAAAUCCUAUUGUAUUCUGAACUCUGAAACUACCACCUAUACUUCAGUCCUAAGCAGAAGUCUCACUGAAGAAAAAUUGCCGGCAGCUGUCCAUCAUACUGCUGAGCCUUAUUUCUAAAAUUGCAUCAUUUCAGUUGGCACACGGCAAAAAUGAAGCAAUAGUUGAGGAAGAAUGCUUUUGUUGCAAGAUAUCCAAUGCUUUCUUGUAUGAGCAAGCAAGCAUUAAUACUCCUGAAAUAAUCAACUGUGCUCCUUCUACCCAUGUCAUCUUUACAGAAUGUAAAGUAAGUUCAUACACUGUGCUUGGGUUUUAGAGAACUGGCCUUACUAUACGAAGGAAAGUAGUGUGGUAUCAAAUGCUGAUUUAUGGCUAUGAAGUUUUGUAUCUUCACCGUGAUCCUAGCAUAGAAGGUGGAUGGUACAGUUAAGAAACAAAGGAGACUGCUGCAAAAGCAACUGAAGACAGAGGGAAGAUAGAAAACAGUUAAUGUUGCAUCAAAAUGCUGAAGUACUAUCCAGUGAAAUAGUAUUUUUUGUUACAGUAGUUAGUUUGCACAGGACGGUUUUGUAUGUCUUUUGCUUACAGCCAAAGUUUAGAAUAGCAUCUGACAAUUCGGUGCAUGAACUUACAUUUACUAUAUGCACUUUCAAAGCUAAACUUUAUUCCCGUGUUUUCUGCUUUAUGAAGUAGCAUGAGAGUCAUCCUAUAGCCAAAUCCAAGGCUGCUGUCAAGGCAAGAGGACAACUGUGAAGUAUGUAUUCGGGCGUCAUGGCUCUGAAUUGUUUUUAAGAGGAAAGGUUUGAACUACUUGGUUAGCUACUUCUAUCAUCUACUGUAAGUUACAGACCUCCAAUUCUGGAAGAAUCUAGGUGAAAAUAAAAAGAUAUUGAUGCUAUGACUUUCCUU